CAUUUCAUUCAACUCAUAAAUUAUGAAUAUCGAAUAAAAAUAAGAUUUUUCGAAACAAUCAAAUUGGUAUUAGUCGCACAAGCAUUAGAAUGUGAAGUGGAAUCACGUAAGCAAACCAGUAUCGAUAUAAAUCGAAUCAUAUGCACGUUGAGAACCCUUAAUUUAUUGAUGCUUAUUCUUGUUAAUUCUUUAAUUCUAACCGGCGUUGGACAAUACAAUUCAAAUCAAGGAGGGAAACGUUCAUUAAUGUUAACACCAAAUAUGUGGCAAUAUUCUUUAAAGCUUCAUUUGCCAAUAACAUUCACAGAAAUGAAUCUUAUCGGUCAAUAUGUCGCAUGUAUAAUCACAAUAACAAUAUUUCUUAUCACUUUCAUAAUUCAUGCAAUUCAUUUAUGUUCGCCAAAAAAUUCACGUCUUUUAUCUAUAGCCUAUUCAUUUGGAUCAGUGCCUUUUGCAUUAAUGGUUUUCGGCCUAGAAAUGCAUUACAGUACAUGUCCAUGGCUAAACGACUUUUAUAGGAAGGAAAUUUUGCGAAAGGAUUUCAAUACUGUGGAGCCAUAUUUUGAUGCACAAUGUGCAAUAAAUGGAUGGGCAUUAGCUGGCGUAUUUUCACUACUAUCUUGUAUAUUUUUUAUCAGCGAAGGACUUGCUAUUGCAUUUUUUCGUUCGAACAAUUCCAAUCGUAUUGAGAAAAAUAGUGAGAGAAACGACGAAAAUUUAUAA